CAUGGAGACACUGGUCCAAAAAGUGGUCUUUAAGUGGAGGGAGACCUGCAUUAUACAAGAAAUACCAAAUGUAUCGAGGCAAUUUAAUUCACAAUGGAACAUUCCCAAUCUUUAUACCAUUUGCGUCACUUAGCAAGAAGAAUAACGAAUGGGUUCUAUCAUAUUGACUGGUUCUAUUCAGCUACAAGAAGUAAAAGUGUGCACACAUUAAUCGCUGCUUAAUUAUACGAAAUAUUUUGUUACAUUACCACAAUAAAUACCGAAAAAUCUAUAUAAUCAAUUCAAUAUGCAAGCUAUAAUCUCAAAAUGCCUGGUAUUCAGCUCCCUUUUAACUUAUAUCUAUAGCAACGCAUCAACAAAAGACAUCUUUUACAGUGGGAAUAGAAUUAUAAAUGGUACAGAAGGAAAAUAUACUACAAUAACAUACAUCCUGAAGACAUUCAUCCCUGGAAAUGAAAAGAACUUUGUACAGUGGCUGAAAGAUGGGAACAUUGUUGAUGAUCGUGAUGAUCGCUUCACAUUUAAUGAAGAAAAGGGAAUGUUUUCAUUGAGGAUUGAUCCUCUUCAACGCCUUGAUAAAGGAAGGUAUUCAAUCAUGUAUGGUAAUUACACACCUCCAGAAACAGUACUGAAUAUAAUUGAAAUACCAUCAAAAGACUAUUUCAUGGUAGGAUUGAACGUAAACAAAAAUCAACUUGAGAUAUUCUGUAUGUCGGAGAAGACAUGGCCACUCCCCAGUUUAUCAAUCAAUGGGAAGGAACUUGAUUUAAAAGAAAAUUUAACCAAUAUUUGGACUAUAAAGAGAGUUCCUAUCAAAGUUGACAUGACAAAGGAAAUCUAUACUUGUGUAUUGAAAAUUAUGAAUCAUCAUCCAUAUCUUAUGACUCUGAAUGGAUCAGUAAUAACCAAAUACCUAACAAACAUUGGAUAUGGAAGCACACAACCUACUCAUACCAAUGGUCUUGACACAGAUACUUCUACAUCAAUAGACCUUAAAUUAUUAUUAUUAUUACUACUGGUACUUUUAUUGCAACAAUUGUGAUUAUGAUUGCUCGUAGUAUUAUAAAUCGUGACAACGAUACAUAAGGCUGAGAUACAGAAGUCUAAUGUCUUCCUCAUGAAAUAAAGCUGUGAUCAAAACUUGUUUCCAUGAUAAUUUCGAAAAAAUGCAAUUCCAAUAAAUAUAUUUGAUAUACGUAUAAAAUAUACAGUUUCAGGGAACACGAAAAAGAGUUUUGUUGAUACAUAAAAGCAUAAUGUGUCUCUGACAUCGACUGUAGAACAUAUAUCCCUGGUUCUUAAUAGGCGGCCCGCAGGGCCACUUAAUCUGGCAAGCGUGAAAAAAAUUAUAUAAUUCAUAAUUUUAUUUCCUCACAUGAGAUGGUAGUUAACAAAGGGAGAUAUUCCCUGUACAAGUGUCAACUACCAUAGAAGCAUAGAAUAAUA